AUGGAGGCCUCCACGAAGGAUCCCCCCACGAAGGACCCCCACGCUGCGUACGACAAAAUAAAGUACGAGUUUUCUGACGUAAAGUACACCGUAGAUCAUGGCAAGCUGGAAAUUCUUCACGGAAUAAAGGGCAUCCUUCUGCCCCAAACGAUCACGGUAAUAAUGGGCCCCAGCGGAAGUGGGAAGACAACGCUGCUGAAUAUUCUAUCCAUGAAAGUGACGGACGGCGUGGAGGGAAAUUUCCUCAUUAACGAUACAAACAGGAGCAAAAGUAUAAAGAGCUACAUGGGGUACGUCCUGCAGGAUGAUUACUUCUUCUCACGAUUAACAGUAUACGAAACGAUAGAAUUUACCGCCAAGCUGAAGUUAGACAUUAGAGAUAAGAGCAAGUUACGAGAAUUGGUACACUCGGUUUUGGAUAUAAUGAGCCUAACCCAUGUAAAGGACACCAUAGUGGGGGAUGCCUUCAUAAGAGGAAUAAGUGGAGGACAAAGAAAAAGACUAUCCAUUGCAAAUGAAAUUUUGUCGAACCCACCUUUACUCCUCAUGGAUGAACCAACAAGUGGACUAGACUCCUCAUCGGCCUUAUCCCUAGUAGAGUGCAUUCAGAGAAUAGCUACCAUUUCGAAUACUACGAUCAUAUCGUCUCUUCACCAGCCAAGCAGCCAAGUGUUCGGAAAAUUCGAUAGACUCAUAGCAAUAACAAAUGGGUACAUAAUAUAUCAUGGGAAGACAACCCACCUGAGUAAGUACCUAAAAAAAGUUGGGUUCAUCUGUCCUUACGGGUGGAAUAUCGCAGACUACCUCAUGGACGUAUUAUGCAACACAAAGUUUGAAUCCAUCCUGUUGGAAAAUUACAACAAGUACCUUCGUUACGACAAGGAGGUUGGAUACUACAUGGAUAUCGACUCUAUUGAUAAUAAGGUAAUCCACGAUGAUUAUGAUUCUUUGCUAGCUAAGGAAGGAAACGAAAGUAGGGAACUGCAAAGCAACAACAAGUCACCAAUUGGGGUAAGAAAAAAAUCUCCAAAGAUUUCUAUACAAGAAAUAAACAACGCAAGGGAGCAAGACCUGGAUAAGCUAAAGGCAGUCGAAGUGUUAAUCUCCUUGCAAGAAAAGAAGACACCCUACAUUAGACAGAACUUUUUUCUCUUCACAAGGGGAUUGAAAAAAAUUAUAAUUGACGAAAUAACAAUUGUGAAGGUGAUCGACUUGGUUGUUAUUCUAACUUUGUUUGGUUUCCUGUGGUCCAAAACUUUUAAGGAGGAUACGGAAGACGGGAUCAUUGACACCAUUGGGGCCAUUUUUUUUAUUCUAUCUUAUUGGACAUUCUACCCGGCUUACCUAUCAUUGUACUCCUUCCCUUCAGAAAGAGAAGUCAUAGCCAAGGAGAGGAACAUGAAAACCUUCCAAGUGAGCAACUACUUUUUUUCCAAGCUAUUUGUGGAGUUUAUUUUUUUCUUCACACUAAUUGCCUUUUGGGUUCUAGUCACACACCUCAUUUUGUACGGGACGCUGAAAUUUGGGGUCUAUGUAAGUUAUGUCUUCGUCACAUUAUUAAACGCUCUAAUAAGUAGCUCACUCGGAUACUUCAUAUCAACCCUGUUUGACAAUUUCAGCAAGGCCGUUAGUUUUCUUUCUGUUGUUUUGCUCACCAUGACGCUUACAAACGGGUUCUACGUCGAGAUAGCCAAAUUGCAAAUCCCCUUUAGAUACCUCCAGUGGUUGUCCUACCAAACGUACUCCGCCUCAGUGCUAGCCAAAAUUAAGUUCGACGACGCGUCUAUCAAAUGCUCUUCGGAUAACCUCUCUACUCUAUGCCAAACAGAUGGCUUUUUUCCAGGCAAGAUCAUCAUAGAUAAGCGGUUUGCUACGCUGCACAUUUCCUACUCCGUCUUCAUCCUCAUCAGCUUCUACGUCGUCAUCAAGGCGGCCACGUACGUGUCUCUGCGCUGGUCCCACGCGCUCAGGAUGAAGUGA